ACGUUAAUAAUUAAUGCAUUCUCUUUUCGCAAAGAACUAAAUUUAAAUGCAAUGCAACUUGAAGAUCCAAGCAUACAGAUUUACUAGACAUCCAGCCACGAGAUCACGGAUGAGUUGCCUUCUCAAGAGUGGUAGAGUUGCUUAGAGAAUAACUUUGUUUUACUAGUAGUCAAACUAUACCAUAUACAUAGUCAUUUUAGUUUUGGCCCAAAGGUUUGACUGGCAAAAUGGCAGAUAUAAAAGCGUUAUUAAAAGAGGCAAGAAAACUUGUCAGUGAAGAAAAUUUCAAAGAAGCACAAGAAUGUUGUAAGAAUAUUUUGCGAAAAGAUAAACAAAACUAUAUGGGACUAGUGCUUCUUGGAAAAGCACUUCAAGAUACAGACCAAGCUCCAUUAGCAUACCAGAAAGCAAUAGCAAGUAAACCAGAUCAACUUUUAGCAUGGCAAGGCUUGGCAAAUUAUUAUGAGAAAAAAGAUGGUGCAAAUAUGAAAAUAAAAUUAUUUUCUAUAUACAAUGAAAUGUUGAAACUUUCAACUGAAGAAGAUAGGGUAUAUGAAUUGAUAUUAAAGACAGGGCAACUUGGGUGUACACUAAAACAUAAUGAGGCUAUAACUUUAAUUAUUAACUAUUUGAGUAGAGAUGUUGAUGACAAACUACAACAAGCUGCUGAAAAACAACUUGUGGAGAUAUUAAAAAGAGAUGUAGAGUGUAAACAGGAAGAUAUUCCUCUCACUUUAAAAAUUCUUAAUAAAAUUUACAAUGAAGAUCCCAGUGAUUCUUUGGAAAUUAUUUAUGCCAAAGUAAUACUUACAAAAAACGAUUUUAAUUCUGCAGUUGUAGAAAUAAUUGAACUUAAAUAUUUCUCUAAAAAUGUGAUUUUGAGAGAAUGGCUUUGCAAACAGAUAUGUAAGAGAUAUAUUGAGAACAAUUCUUUUAGUAAUUUUUGUAUUGAAGAUUAUAUAUCAAGAAUAACUGAAGGAAUAGAAAAUUCCAAUUAUCCUGGAAUGCUAAAAAGCAUGAUUGCUUAUGAUAAAGGUAUGUAUUUGGAAGCUUACAAGCAAUGUGUUCCAUUAGUAAACUACAAUCAAGCAGACCCUGUAGAAGUGACUUUCAUAAUAAACUGUGCUAAUAAGCUGAGGAAGUGGUCUAUUGCACAAAAGCUUGUUACAAAUUUUUUAACAAAAGCUAAAGAUCCUGAUUUUUUCAUAGACUUAAAGAAAUUUUUAUUUUUGUCACUGAGCAAGCAACAAAAGUGGAAUCAAGCUAUUACAAUAGCUUCUGAAAUACCAUUUGAUUCUUUAAACAAAGAUGAAAAAGCAGCAUUAGCUGAAUGUUACAUUGAAGGUAAUCAGCCUGUUGAUCAUAUUUUAGCAUAUUUAAAGACAGAAGAAUGUUACACAUCACUAAAAGCACAACUGCUUUUAAAGCAAAACAAGUACACAGAAGUAAUAGAUCUCCUAGACAAACACAGUGACCACUACCUUAAUUUAUUUUACAUUGGUAAAGCAUAUUGGUAUUUAGGCCAGCAUGAUCAAUCCUUGAUGAAUCUUCUGAGAGCAGUUAAGUUAAACUCUGAACAUGCAGAAUCAUUUCUUUUCCUUGGUCAUUAUUAUAAAGAAAGUAAUGAUUUGCAGAGAGCGAAAAAAUGUUAUGAAAAAGCAUAUAGUUUAGUAGAUACAAACAGCGAAACUAUAAAAAAUCUGAGUGAAACUUACAUCAAAUUAAACAUGAAGGAAAAAGACUUAGAUUUGUUAGUCAAAUCAGAAAAAAAAAUUAAAGGAAAUGAAUCAUGGAUUGAUUUUCGUCUGGGUUUGCAUUAUCUCAGCAAAAGAGAUUGGGAAAAUGCCAUCAUACAUUUUAGAAAUGUCAUAAAAAGUAAUAAAUGUGAUGUUACUGCAUUUGAAUGCCUAGCUGAUGCUUAUUAUGCUCGAGGCUCAUUCACAUCUGCAUUACGAGCUUACACAAAAGUGAUGACACUAGAUUCAAACAAAACUGCUCACUGCUUAACAAGAAUUGGAUAUAUACAUUCAUUACUGACAGAGUAUGAAGAUGCUAUAGCAACUUUUGAGAAAGUUCUAAAACUGGACCCAUAUUCAUUAAUGGCUCUCAAAGGAAUCUCUGAAACAUGGAUAAGAGUGGCAAAGAAGAAAUUUGAAGUAAAAAUGUAUGGUAGGGCAAGAGAUUGUGCUCAAAAUGCUAUUGAUUUUAUAUAUUUAGCUCUGAAAAAGAAUAAGCAAUACACAUGCCUUUGGAAGACUCUGGCUGAUACAUUUAUACUCAUUACCCGACUUCCGAAUAAAUAUGCUUAUGUAUUACUUAAAAACAAUGACACUUCUGACAAUCUUGUCAGGAAAAACAAACUUGAAUUAUUUCCUCAUGCACUUGCAUGUUAUUCUCGUGUAGCAAAACAAAAACAACAAUUGGCAUCCUAUGAUUUAGCAUCCACCUAUCUUGCAUACUAUUAUGAAAGUAAAAAAGAAGUAAAUUGCAAUAUUUCAUUUAAUUUAACACUUAUUUGUAUAAAAGAGAAACCAACAUUAUGGCGCAACUGGAAUCUACUUGGAAAAAUUUGUCUAUUUGUAAAAAAAUAUAACAUAGCUCAACACUGUUUUAUAAAAGCAUUAUUAGUGACUCGUAAAUGGUCUGUGGCUAAAGUGUGGUGUAAUUUGGGGACACUAUAUUUAAAAUUAAAGCUUUUUAAAUUGGCAAAUUACUGUUUUUGGAGAGGUCAGUCAACAUUGCCAUCCCAUCCUCAUAGCUGGAUUGGUCAAGGCCUGAUUGCAGAAGUGAUUAGAGAAGAAGAAGCAAUGGAUUUGUUUAGACAUGCUUCUCGUCUAGGCUACCAUCCAGAAAGUGCUCUUGGAUAUGCUGACUGGGUGUGUCGCACUUUAAAGAGCAACAAAUAUAAAGAGAGCCCAGAAACUAAAUAUGAAAUAGAAGGUCUUUAUGCAAUUACAUAUGCAAUAGACCUAAUAGAAUGGUAUUCUAGUUUUGAACCAGAUAACGCAUGUGCUAACACUAUUCUCGGAAUAUUACAAGAAAGGUGUGGCCUUAUUCAAGCAGCUUAUAACUCCUUUCAAAUGGCAGUUAAAAAUGCUGACGAAGAAAAUAAAAACAUUACACUUUUAAAUCUUGGAAGAAUUUUUUUGAGAAUGGAAAAUUAUGAUGAAGCAAUUAAAACUUUCAAAGCCAUAACAGAAGCUAGCUUUGAUUCAACUUGUGGAUUAGCUCUGGCUCUCUAUAAAAAUGGUUUAUAUGAAGAAUCAUAUUCUGUAUAUGAUACUGCCUUACAAUGGCUUAGCAGCGAUGAUGAGGAACAGGCUGAUAUGUUGGUGGCCAUGGCAGGGAUUAUGUAUAUUUUUAAAGGAGCUGAUGAUGCAAAAACCAUACUAUUUCACAGCAUCAAUGUUACUAAAAAAAAACCUACUGCCUAUUGUUUAUUUGCUAUUUGUUCAUUAGGGUUAUUGCACUCUGAUCAAAGUCUCUCUAAACUUGCUUUAGGUGAAUUGCACAAAUAUGAAAAAGAUAAUGCAUUUGGGUUUGAUAUAGGAUUCCUGAAAUCAUACUUAUUUGUAUGUGAGAACAACAUAAAUGAAGCUAUUAAAAUUCUGAGUGAUUCACUUCAUGAUUUUCCUAGUAACGCUUUGUUAUGGUUUUGUAUGUCUCAGUAUUGUCUUAGAGCAUCUGAUACCAAAGCAAAGAUUGCCAGUAGUUGUGCCCAAAGAGCAUUAUGUUCAUCUCACAACUAUGACCACUGCUUAGAAUCUGCAAAGAUGAUAGCAACAGCUAGUAUUGCUGAACAUAUUGCUGGAGAUCAUAUAAAAGCUCUUAUCCUGGCGAAGGAGGGCUUGCAUAUGUACCCUCAACAAGGAGAAAUAUGGGCGGCUCUGAUAUUUUCAUUAAUUCCCAUCAAACAAUGGAUGGAUAAGAAAGAUUGGUUACUGAGUGCAGCUAGUCACAUGAGACGAAAUCUUGUUGUUUCGCGCCCUUUGAUCAGGUGGUUAAAUCUUAUAGAGAAAAAGUUACAAAGUAGAGUAAAAUAA